AUGACUUCCACCUACGUCAGCUCAUCCCACUCUCUGUGCAGCACCAAGGUUCCUGGAGCAUCCAAUAUCCCCAUCUCUUCCAUCAAUGUUAGAGGCCGUCCGGGGACACAGGCCAAGGGUGCCUCCCUGUGCUUCUCGGCAAACUUGGCACAUGCCAACUGAGUUGGUUUGGGGUCAACCUCUCUGGGCCGACCCAGCCUCUGUCUGUUCCCCAGCUGCCACACUGCUUGCCCCUUGCCAGGGACACGCCACAUUCUGGGCAGCAACGGAAGCUGCAUGACCUAUGGCGAAGGCACCCUGAACAGCCAUGAGAAGGAGACCAUGAAGUUCCUGAACGACCGCCUGGCCAACUACGUGGAGAAGGUGUGGCAGCUGGAGUGGGAGAACGCGGAGCUGGAGACCAAGAUCUGGGAGUGGAGCAAGUGUGAGGAGAAGUCCAAUGUGUGCCCAGACUACCAGUCCUACUUCUGGACCAUUGAGGAGCUCCAGCAGAAGGUCCUGUGCAGCAAGGCUGAGAAUGCCAGGCUGAUCAUGCAAGUUGACAGUGCCAAGCUGGCUGCUGAUGGCUUUCAAAUCAAGCUUGAGAAUGAGCACGCCCUGAGCCAGCUAGUGGAGGCAGACAUGUGUGGGAUGCACAAACUCCUGGACGACCUGAGCCUGGCCAAGGCUGGCCUGGAGGUCCAGGUGGAGUCCCCGAAGGAGGAGCAGCUCUGCCUCAAGAGCAACCACGAGCAGGAAGUCAGCAUUCUGAAGUGCCAGCUGGGGGAUAAGCUCCGGAUUGAGCUGGACACUGAGCCCGCUGUGGACCUGAGCAAGGUGCUGGGGGAGAUGCAGUGCCAGUACGAGGCCAUGAUAGAGACCAACUGCCAGGACGUGGAGCAGUGGUUCCAAGCUCAGUCCGAAGGCAUCGGCCUGCAGGCCAUGUCCUGCUCUGAGGAGCUGCAGUGCUGCCAGUCGGAGAUCCUGGAGCUGAGAUAUACAGUGAACGCCCUGGAGGUUGAGCACCAAGCCCCGCACAAGUUGAAAGACUGUCUGCAGAGCUCCUUGUGUGAAUCUGAGGCCUGCUUUGGCACCGAGCUGGCCCAGAUGCAGGGCCUGAAAAAUGUGGAGGAGCAGCUGUUGGAGAUCUGGGCUGACCUGGAGUGGCAGAACCAGGAGUACCAAGUGCUGCUGGACAUCAGGGCCUGGCUGGAGGCUGAGAUUGAAUACCGGAACCUUCUGGGCAGCAAGUACUGA